ACUGCAGCUCUAAUUGGCUCGAUGAGGAGGCCGCGGGAGCGAUGUUGAGCUGGCUGCCGCUUCCCCCGAUGGCUCUGCAGACGACGACGCACAGGGGCGGGUGGUGCCGGGCUGAGCGGGAGGCUGGGCUGCGCGGAGGAGGAGAAGGCGGAGGAGGAGGAGGCAGCGGUAAAGGGGGCAGCGCCUGUUUGCCUCCUGCGGUGACCGAGCCGCUCCUGCUGCUGGGCUGCUGCCUCCGGCCCGAGGACCCCACCGAGCGAGGACUGCUCCUGGCGCCGCCGCCGCCGCGGGAGGAGGAGGACGAGCAGGGGAGGAUGCUGGCCAUGGCGGGGGGCGGCGGGCAGCGGCUGAAGGCGCUCUCGCUGCUGGAGGCGGCCCGCUGCCGCUACGAGAGCCUCCAGAUCUCCGACGACGUCUUCGGCGAGUCCGGCCAGGACAGCAGCGGCGGCGGGAACCCUUUCUACAGCACCACGGCCGAGUCCCGCUCCGCCUCCGAGGAAGAGGAGGAUGAGGGAGAACGGGGAGCCUCCCAAGGCAGGACGCCGGGCAGGCGAGGCUGCGAGGCAGAGGAGGAGCAGGAGGAGGAAGGCAAGGAGACGCCGCCUUUGCCGGCUGCUUGUCCGCCGGUGACAGAGGAGGAGGAGGAAGGCAAGGCAGGCUGGGGCUCCGGCUUGAAGGAGGCGCCCAGCCCGGCUUUCCAAGAGAGCAGCGGCCCAACACGCAGAAUGCCACCAACUGCCAGCGCAAUGGACUUCUUUCAACUCUUUGUCCCUGACAACGUUCUGAAGAAUAUGGUGGUGCAAACGAAUAUGUACGCCAAGAAGUACCAGGAGAGAUUUGGGAGUGAUGACACUUGGGUGGAUGUCACUUUGAUGGAAAUUAAGGCUUUCUUGGCCUACAUGAUAUCCACAAGCACUCACCAUUGUGAGUCUGUGCUCAGCAUUUGGAGUAGCGGAUUCUAUAGCAACAAGAGCAUAGCUCUAAUCAUGUCCCAGUCAAGAUUUGAGAAGAUACUCAAGUACUUCCAUAUCGUGGCCUUCCGUUCCAGUCAGACAACACAGGGCCUCUACAAAAUCCAGCCCUUUCUGGACUCUCUGCAACAUAGCUUCGAUUCUGCUUUUAAGCCUUCCCAAACCCAGGUCCUCCACGAACCUUUGAUUGAUGAAGAUCCUAUUUUCAUCGCCACCUGCACAGAGCGAGAGUUACGGAAGAGGAAAAAGCGGAAAUUCAGCCUCUGGGUUAGGCAAUGUUCAUCUACAGGUUUUAUAUGCCAGAUCUAUGUCCACUUGAAAGAAGGAAGUGGGACUGAAGGCCUGGAUGCUUUGAAGAAUAAAACCCAGCUCCACAGCAUGGUGGCCAAGAGCCUUUGUCAGAAUGCUGCAGGGAAAAACUACAUUAUCUUCACUGGCCCCAGCAUCACCAGCCUGAAUCUCUUUGAAGAAUUUGAGAAGCAAGAGAUUUAUUGCUGUGGGUUGCUCAGCACACGGAAAAGUGACUGCACAGGCCUGCCCCAAUCUAUGCUGAACAACCCGGAUGUUCCACAGACUCGAGGACAACACAGGAUAAAGAUGAAAGGAAACAUGUCAUUGAUUUGCUGGUACAAUAAAGGCUACUUUCGGUUUUUGACCAAUGCUUAUUCUCCAGUUCAGCAAGGUGUUAUAAUUAAGAGAAAAAGUGGAGAGAUCCCCUGCCCACUGGCAGUAGAAGCUUUUGCUGCUCAUCUUAGUUAUAUUUGCAAAUAUGAUGACAAAUACAGCAAGUAAGUAUGUAGAAGAUGGGCUAAAGGAAUGUCACAGCACUGGAAUAAAAUCUUCAGAUGGAUAUAGACUACUAUGAACACCAAAAUCAAGCAUGGAGCCUGAUUUGUUUGAGAAAAC